AUGAAGCUGGUGGAGAUGCUGCUCCUGGCUGCAGUGGCCACUGUGCUUGCCACAGAGGAUUCCUGUCUUGACCGCUGUGAGAAUGGUUAUGACUUGAUAACGGGCUGCCAGUGUGACUCCAUGUGCGCGUAUUACGAGAGCUGCUGCAGUGACUACGAGUCCGUUUGCAGGGACAGAAUGCGUGGGGACACAUUUGCAUAUGCAGAUGAUGACGACUAUGACGAGGAGCUUGACCCCGUUUGUCAUGCCGUUGACCACAUGGAACUCACUGUCAACACCACGGAGAGUCCAGACCCAGAUGCCGAUGCCUGCAGUGGUCGAGCCUUUGACUCCUUCAUGCAGCUCAAGAAUGACUCAACUUACGCUUUCAGGGGGAGUUUCUUCUUCGAGCUUGGUGAGAAAGCAGUACUGCCUGGCUACCCGAAACGCAUCGAGGAUGUAUGGGGCAUUUUCGGUCCCAUUGAUGCCGCCUUCACCCGUAUCAACUGCCAGGGCAAGACCUACAUCUUCUAGGGGAACAUGUACUGGAGGUUUGAGGACAAUGUGUUGGAUGAAGAAUACCCAAGGAACAUUUCUGAUGGGUUCGAAAAUAUCCCGGACAACGUGGAUGCCGCCUUUGCCGUCCCUGCAAAAAAUCACCAUGGCAAAGAGAAGGUGUACUUCUUCAAAGGUGACCAGUACUACCAGUAUGAAUUCAAGCAGCAACCCACCCAUGAAGAGUGUGUCAAGCUGAAUGCAAGGUCUCCCUCCACCCUGUUUGGGAGCUACACUGCAAUGUUCAGCAGCACUUGGGGAGGCGCCUCUUCCCGCCUCUUCAGUGGCAGUAAGAACCACAGUUUCGCCCCCCCUCUCAUCACCAGGGACUGGCUGGGCGUCCAGGCCCCAGUGGAUGCUGUUUCGGCAGGACGACUCUACGUCAGCCGUGGCCACAGAGGCAAAAGCAGAAGAAGGCAGAACACCAACCGCAAACAGGACUGGGACAGGGGGCAACAGGACUGGGGGCAACAGGACUGUGGGUAACAGGACUGGGGGCAGCAGGACUGGGGGCAGCAGGACAGGGGGCAGAGAAGCUGGCAGAAACGGUCACCCCAAUGGAGCAUGGAUAAGUGGGAUGUCAGUAUGGGCCAGGGCUUCAUGGAGAGGUUCUACAGAGAGGAGACCCGCAGGCAGGACUGGGAUAGGGGCCGGGCCCUCGACUGGGCCCAUCACCGCUGCAUCAGUGGGCACCACCGGCAGCAGGAACACUACAAUUCCAGAUACAGCAUAAAUAACCGAUUGGUGCAGAAGGUCUAUUUCUUCAAGAAAGAUCGAUAUUACAGAGUGGAUUUACAGUCAAUGAUGGUUGACCUUGCAUAUCCCCCAUACCCAAGAUCCACAGCGAAAUACUGGCUGGGCACCAAGGGCGGAGAAAAGGUGAAGACAGAUUUCAUUCAGAUUUCAGAGAGAAAGCACACAGUCUGA